AUGAUGCCGUUACUGGUUAGCAACAACAACUUCAACAUGGAUCUCUCCUACCAGGCUCCAAUGUUCAACGCCAACAUGAUGGAAACACCCUUUGACAAAGCGUCACAACAAUAUAUCGCUGCUCAUACACGAAACAUGUCGAGGGGUUACGGUGGACAGAGGAUGAACACCUCGAUGCGGAUAACAAAGCCCAGCAGCGCCAGCACCAGCCCGCGCUACUCACUUUCGCAGAGGAGGAGGACUUUGAUGGGUGAUGGGUUCCAGAAUCUUUACACUCAACCUGCCGAGGCGGCGUAUCUUCCCACUCCUGCGGCUGAGUUCCUGGUCGAGUUCAUGUACGAACCGGAGAGGAAGCCAACGACAACAACACGACCGGUUAGCUGGCACCCCUCGUCGCAGCAGGUGGCAUAUUCCCAGCCUUACUCUCAGGAGUCGACGAUGGCAUAUGCUCCCUACCCAUCCUACCAAGAUUUUGAGGCUUGCACACAAUUUCCGCAACUGCCCCCGACCCCAAGCGUCUACUCCGGCUCCAACUCGCCAUGCUCGGCAUCCUUCUCGCCACUAUCACUCCCUUACGCCAGCGUCGACUUCCAGCAGUCGCAGCAUCAGUAUGCCACGCAGGGGACUCAGCUCUACCAAUCAGCACCAGAAUCGCCCCAAAGCAUGGCUGGCAUGGCCGGCGAUCUUUCUUACGCUGCCUUCCCCAAGGCGGAAGGGAAUGUUAUGGGAUGGGCUUCUUAUGCGCCGGCGUCGAGCGGCUUGGACACAUACACGGCGCCACCUACCCCAAAGAACUUCGAGCUGCCGGAGCAGUUCUCAAACACCAAGGUGGCCUCCGAAGAGCCUGUUUGCUAUGAGGCACCAGAAGACGACGAAUCUGAUGGCGAGAUUCUGUACGGCAUGGGACUCUACGAUCCCCCCGAGACCAACGAGCCUGCCGGCAUGGACCUCCACCAGUCUACCGUCUUUUCGCUUCUUGGAAAUGCCGGAGCCUACGAGAAGCCCUCGGGCAAGGGCUUGAAGCUCGAGGAUGCCUGGGAGCCUCCUGCGAGCGACGAUGAAGAGGACAACGAAGAGGAGGAAGAGGAUGACGAGGAGGAACAACAGGAGGGGGAGAACUAA